AUGGUUCACAAGUCACGCUCUUCCCGUUUGUCUUCAGGACACCACUCACCGCGUAAAUCGGUAUUGUCCUCUUCUCGAAACAGCAUCAUUCCUCAUCUGAAGGAGAUUGGAGAAGAUCCCGAAAACUCCAAAUCCGCCACCCUUCCAACCGUUGAUGUGAGUGAAAGAAGUGACACUGCUGAGAGAUCCCGCACUAGGAGUACUACGAGAAGAUCAUCCAGUCGUUCUCAUCGCUCUCGGAGAUCCAUCAACAAGGUCGAAGAAAAUGAAGAAGAUCUUCUUUCAGAAUCCAUUAUUGUGGACCCUUCCGAAUCCUCCACCAUUGAGGCCAGCGAACGCAGCGAACGAAGUACUAGAGAUGGUUUCCAGUAUCCAAGUGAGUUGUACCGGUCGCCUAAUAAGCGACACUCGAAACGACGAACUAGUCAAGCUUCUACUCGUACUUUGUCCAAGAGCCCUAGUCGAAGCAAAGGAAGCAGCAGCAGCCGAGCAUCCUUGUCUUCUUCCAAAAGUCCAAGGCGGGCAUCGUCUUUUUCCAAGAGUCCAAAAUCAACUAGCAACAGACGAUCUCACAGAGCAUCAUCGUCGUCCAUGCCUGCAUCCAUCAAUAUUGACAUUGACAAAGAUAAUGGUCGUGAUCAUGAUACUUUCACAAGCAACAAGAACAACGAUGGAAGCAAUACUCAUUGUUCGACUCGAGAAGUAAUGGCCCUCCAGCACGAACUAUCUGUUGUGGCCACCAAGGUGUCGUCUUCGUCGCCGCCAAAAAAGUAUAAGAUUGCCGAGUUGAACAAUUCAGUACCAACACCACACACUACGAAAAGAAGUAGUAGUAGUAGUAGUAGUCGUAUCAUGAUCAAAGAGGAAGCAAUUGAUGAAGCGGAGGAUGAGAGUGUGGAGGAACAUAAGAAACAAAAAAGAAGAGCUGGAAGUGUCUUUGGGUACAAGUGUUGUUGUGCCGUGGUAGCAUUGUUGGCUCUCCUUAUUGGAGGCAGUGUCCUUGGAGUGAUUUUCAUUUCCGACAAGAACAAGAAUACUACCGAGACGAGCAAGAACCAAGGCAUUGAGCAAUUGUUGUCCACGGAACCAUCCUUCCAUCCUACUACCGCAAAGCCAACUGCCAGUCCUACCAAUUGCCCUACCGUUCUCUUUCCUUCUGCACCCGAACCAAAACAAUGCAAAGCCAUUGCAAGGAAUCAAACUGUACCAAACCAAGAUGAAAUGGACACAAAGGAGCUCGAAAUCUUCUUUGAUGUCACUUUGGAUGAUAACGAUGAUGAAGCCGACAUGGAGGCUCUCUUGCCGCAACUCAUGGCUCAGAUUCAAUCACGUCUACUGCCUUCCUUUGCAGGAUGUCCGGAUCAAUCUCAAGAACGGAUUCGGCGACUACGAUUGACGCAAGAAGAUCCUUGCGGAUCUAUGAAUCCGUAUGUCAUUAUGAAUGCCAUUGCCAAGGGAGACUACAAAGCGGAACUCUCUUGCCAAGACAGCGUUGUGCAGCAGCAGCAGCAGCAACAAGGAGAAGAAGACAAUUGUAAUUUCGUGGCUGUGAAUCUCAAGGUAUUUCUCUAUGGACAAGCGAAAAUGUUGGAUCUCAUUGGAAGCUUUUCGUCCAAUGUGGGAAACAAUGGCCCAUUGGUUGAUCGAUUGGGCCUACAUAACAGUCCAUUCAAGAUUAUCAAGCUUGUUGGAAUGCAAACCUUGGACAUUACCGAGAGUCCCAGCGCGCCUCCUUCCUCCAUUCCAAGUUUGUCGCCAUCGGAUACUCCAAGUUCUCAUCCUUCCACAUCGACACCAUCCCUGUCUCCAUCUAGGAGUCCAACUUCCAAUCCAACGGUGGAAGCUUCCAAGACUCCAACCUUUGCUCCAAGUACAACACCAACCCUAACCCCAACCAAAGGGCCCACGCCUGGCCCCAGCAAAGCUUUGACACUUUCGCCCACCACCAAGGCUCUCACCACCAACACGCCCACGACAGCACCAAGCAAGACUCCCACCAUUCGCCCUACAUUAGUAGCUUCCAUUUCACCUACCGAACUCUCAUCAAGUCCAUCCCUCUCACCAACAACAGCUGCUCCAACCACCAGAGCAGGUCUUCUGGCUGUUAUUGUCCCAAGCACAGGAACACCUUGUGAGAUUACAGCCUUUGAUUGGCUUUCCAAUGUCGAUACUUGGACGCCUGCUGUUGGAACAGCACCCAAAGAUUUGGAUUCCAUUUGGACGGAACGAUACAGUCUUGCAGUAUUCUACUGCGUCAUCAACGGACCAGUAUGGGAACGUCAGGACAAUUGGCUGUCGUCUGUUUCGGUUUGCUCUUGGGGUGGAGUGACAUGCAAUGGCAUGAACCGUGUGAUCAGCUUAGUUCGAACAAGGAUACAGGUUCGAGACGCUCCAGGACGAUUCAGAGUGGGAGGGUUCCUGCCAACUGAUCUGGGGGCUCUAUCAGAGCUGGCCAACCUUUCACUGCAGAAUAACGCACUCACUGGAACUCUUCCUACCGAGCUUGCAAAUCUCGGACAACUAACCAAUCUAGAUUUUGAUUCCAAUAAAAUCGCCGGGAUGGUACCUUCUCAACUAGGUACAAACUUGCAGCAGCUGAAACGGUUGUAUCUUAAAAACAACAAACUGACUGGCGCAGUGCCCACCGAAAUUGGAAGUCUUACUCUACUCACAGAGCUUCGACUGAACUUCAAUCAAUUUCGAAGUACCAUACCUACGGAAUUUGGAAAGCUCUCCUUGCUCAAGCAAUUUACCAUUGGAAUCAACAACUGGUCAGGGAGCCUUCCAUCGGAAAUGUCUAGUAUUUCGCUGACCUGGUUUGGUUGUCGGAGUACACCGCUUACUGGUUGCAUUCCCAUGCAAGCAAGCACAAUGUCCACCGGGGAUACACGUUUUACUGGUUUCUGCUAG